GGAGGGGGCAGCGCGAUCCCUGAGAGUGCGGAGGAGCCGGGCCCGGGGGAGCCGCAGCGCCCGGCCAUGCGCCGGGCGCAGUAACAAGAGGCGCGGGGCCCAUGGAGCGAGCUGGGGCGCGGGGACUGUGCGGCGGCCGCCGCCUGCCGAGGCUCCAGCUCACGAUCGCGCUGCGGCUGGCGCUGCUGCUGGCCGGGCCGCCGUCGGGCCGUGCGGGGGCCCCCGAGGCCCAGGAGCCCGCGGCGCCCGGCACGGCAGCCCCGGCUGGGGGCGACCGCUGCCGCGGCUACUACGACGUGAUGGGCCAGUGGGACCCGCCCUUCAACUGCAGCUCGGGCGCCUACAGCUUCUGCUGCGGCACGUGCGGCUACCGCUUCUGCUGCCACGACGGGCCGCGGCGCCUCGACCAGAGCCGCUGCUCCAACUACGACACGCCCGCCUGGGUGCAAACCGGCAGGCCGCCCGCCCGCGCCCGCGACACCGCGGCGCCCCGGGACCCGGCCCGCGAGCGCAGCCACACGGCCGUCUACGCGGUGUGCGGCGUCGCCGCGCUGCUGGUGUUGGCAGGCAUCGGGGCGCGCCUGGGCCUGGAGAGGGCGCAGCCGCGCGCGCGGCGUACGGUGACCAGGACGCUGACAGAACUGCUGAAGCAGCCAGGCCCCCAGGAGCCACUGCCUCCACCUCUGGGCCCGCCCCUAGGUAGCUGUGUCCAGGUGCAAAUGAGUGAUGGCCUCCCCCGGGGAUCUCCUCACAACAGCACAGACAAGAAACGCCUCAACAACGCGCCCCUGGGGUCCGCUACCCCAGGACCCCCGCGUGGCUCCCGGCUGCAGGGCGGUGGCAGCAUGACCUUGCAGCCCGACUACGCCAAGUUCACCACCCUCAAAGCAGCCACGCUCAAGGCCGCAGAGGCUGCCCCCCAGGACUUCUACCAGCGCUUUCCCGCCACCGAGCCGACCCUGCGGACCCUCCCGGCACGGGCUCCGCGGCCUCCCGAGGACUUGCCUGCGCUGCUCGACGCCUGUCCCUGGGCCCCGCCGAGCUACGCGCCCCCUGCUGGCCCUGCCCUGUCGGGCCCCUACGCUGCCUGGACAGCCGGCGGUCCAGCCCGACCUGUCCCCCGCGGCCACUUGGCGGCUCCGGUCUCCCCGGCGCCCCGGCGGCCUGGCCACGCGCCCAGGCGCCAGUUCAGUGUGGAGAAGCUCCCUGAGGUGUUCAGCGCGCAGCCCCCCAGUCUUUAUGGCAGCGCGGGUCGCGGACCCCGGCACCUGAGCACCAAUAGCAAAGCCGAGGUCACCGUUUGAAACAGGUCCGCAUUCCUCACCCGGAGGACUCUCGGUCUCGAGCCCCAGACCCAAAGAGCAGAAGUCCCGCGCAGACUGGACUGGGGGCCAUGGAGCCCGCAGGGUUAAAGGGCCCGCGUAGUAGCCAGUGGGGUGGCAGGGCUAGGGUACUGUGCGUAAAUAAACCCUGUAAUGUGGUUCCUGCCCGGAGAGGUACUGAUGGUUGCAUCAGUCACUGACUGGACAGACGCUAGUGCGGGCAGAGGACACAGUAUGGGUAAGAGCUGAGGAUCGCGGCCGGCUGGGGACCAGGGAGAAGUGGCUGGAGAGGGCGGCCAGGGUUGAAUAUCAGGCUUAAUGCUCUCACCAGUAGGAGCCAUGGGAAGGAUGCAACUAGACCUCAGCCAUUUGGAGGUAUGGGCACAGGAGAGAGGGCCUCUCUCCCAAGGGGAGGGGUGCAUGCCCUCUUGGAAGUGAGCCCCUUGACUAGACACCCACUGUACAGCUUGAGCUGGCAGAUCCUUACUGACAGUCUGGCCCUGGGCCAGCCACC